ACUAAAGGAAUCAGAGACAGCUAAAAGUGGAAGCUGAAUUGACGUCCAGAGAAUGUGGACCGGAUAUAAGAUCUUAGUCUUCUCCUAUCUGACCACAGGCAUCUACAUGGAGACUCAUUUAUCUCAAAGAGAAGUGGAUCCAGGGCCGCAGUUCGCUAGAAAUCACACCAUUUUUGAAGGUACAAGGCACAAAAGGGCCAUUUUCCGAGGGCAGUACUGUAGGCGCUUUGGCUGCUGUGAAGCCAGGGAUGAUGCCUGUGUCACUCAGUUCUAUGAGGCCAAUGCAUUUUGUUACUGCGACAGUUUCUGUGAGCGGGAAAACUCUGAUUGCUGUCCUGAUUACAAGUCAUUUUGCCGUGAGGAAAAUGAACGGCCUCCUCUUCAGCAGCCUUUAGAGCCAGAAGGUUGCCCCAGAGAUGGCCGACAUUAUGAAGAAGGAUCAGUGUUUAAGGAAAACUGCAACUCCUGUACAUGUUCAGGACAGCAGUGGAAAUGUUCUCAGAAUGUGUGCCUUGUUCAUCCAGAAUUAAUUGACCACAUCAAUAAAGGGGACUUUGGAUGGACAGCGCAGAACUAUAGCCAGUUCUGGGGAAUGACUUUGGAAGAAGGGUUCAGAUUUCGCCUUGGCACCUUGCCACCUAGCCCCAUGCUUCUGAGCAUGAACGAAAUGACAGCAUCUUUUCCUCCCAGAGCUGAUCUUCCUGAGGUUUUCAUUGCUUCUUAUAAGUGGCCUGGAUGGACUCAUGGUCCAUUGGAUCAAAAAAACUGUGCUGCGUCCUGGGCUUUUUCCACCGCAAGUGUGGCAGCUGACCGAAUAGCAAUUCAGUCCAAGGGUCGAUACACAGCCAAUCUCUCCCCUCAGAAUUUGAUCUCUUGUUGUGCCAAGAACCGUCAUGGAUGCAACAGCGGAAGCAUUGAUAGGGCCUGGUGGUUCCUGAGAAAACGUGGACUGGUAUCUCAUGCGUGCUACCCACUUUUCAAGGACAACAACACUACCAAUAAUAUCUGUGCUAUGGCAAGUAGGUCAGAUGGGAGGGGAAAACGGCAGGCCACAAAGCCUUGUCCCAACAGCUUCGAGAAAUCCAACAGGAUUUACCAAUGUUCCCCGCCAUACAGAAUCUCUUCCAAUGAAACUGAAAUUAUGAGAGAAAUCAUACAAAAUGGACCAGUUCAAGCCAUAAUGCAAGUCCACGAUGAUUUCUUCUAUUAUAAGUCAGGAAUAUACAGACAUGUUGUCAGCACAGGUGAAGAACCAGAAAAGUAUAGAAAACUUCGGACACAUGCAGUCAAACUCACUGGAUGGGGCAAACUGAGAGGAGCACAAGGGAAGAAAGAAAAAUUUUGGAUUGCUGCCAAUUCCUGGGGAAAAUCAUGGGGAGAGAAUGGCUAUUUUAGGAUUCUUCGAGGAGUAAAUGAGUCUGACAUUGAAAAAUUGAUUAUCGCUGCAUGGGGCCAACUGACAAGUUCAGAUGACCCAUAGCUAUCAAAUUUCCAUAAGGUCAUGCAUUGAAGCAGCUCAUUAAACCGAAUUUUGGCAAUGUAAGCUUCCCUUACAGAAGCGUUGUAUUUUUGUUGCAUGCGUAAAGCAUUCAUGUUUUCUUGCUUUACCCCAGGCUCUAAUCUUCUGUUCUCUUUAUAUUACUCAGUGUAUUAAAAUACUAAUAAAAGGAAGAUGGCCAGAUGUCAUUAAA